AUGGGAGACCAGGACCAGGCCUUGCCGUCCUCACGGGCAAUUUGCUACGACGGCAUGACGCCGCGCCAGGCUCGCAUCGUGGGCGCCCUGCUGGGCCUGCACGCCGGCGACAGCCUCGGGGCGACGUUCGAAUUUGCCAGCCACGCGGCCAUGGCGUCGCGGCAGCCCGACGCCAUUGGCCACAUGGUCGGCGGCGGGCCCUUUGGCUGGCCGGCCGGCCACGCCACCGACGACAGCGACAUGGCGCGCGGCGUGCUGCUGGCCUACCGGGACCGCGGGCCGGGCGACGACGUGGCGCGGCUGGCGGGCGACCACUUUGUGCGCUGGCUGGAGGGCGACGACUGGCCCGGCCGCGCGCCCGCGAGCCGGCCGGUGGACAUUGGGCUCGCGACGCAGCAGGGGCUGGAGCGCUAUCGCCGGUCGCGCGACCCGGACCGCGCCGGGGCGGGACGCGGCAGCGCGGGCAACGGGAGCCUGAUGCGGUGCCUGGCUACGGGGCUCUUCCAGCCGGACCGCGACAGGCUGGUCGACGAGAGCGUGCGCAUCAGCAGGGUGACGCACGACGACGACCGCUGCACCGUCUCGUGCGCCGUCUACAACGCCAUGGUGGCCGAGCUGGUCGACGGCAGGCCCGCCGACGCCGCCGUGGCAGCGGGGGAGGCCGUGGCGGCGCGGCUCGAGGGCAACAGCAACAACAGCAACAACAGUAGCAACAACAACAGCAACAACAACAACGGCGGCGGCGGCGGCGGCGGCGGCGGCCCCGUCCUCGACGCCGUCAAGCUGGGCAGGCGGGUGUCGGUGGCAGCCAUGGCGCGCGACGGCCCGCCGGCGGCGAUGAAGGGCCGAGCCACCGGCUACGUGCUCGAGACGCUGGCCGUGGCCGUGGCGGCGGUGCUGGACGGGCGCAGCCUGCGCGACGUGCUCGUCGACGUGGUCCGCAUCGGCGGCGACACCGACACCAACGCGGCCGUGGCCGGGGGCUUGCUGGGGGCGAGGGACGGCGUCGAGGCCGUGCCCGCCGAGUGGGCGGUGAAGCUGCAGUUUGCCAGCGAGUUUAGGGAGAUUGCGCUGGCACUGACGACAGGGGAGGGUGGCCGAGGGGGCGAGGAGCCGUAG